AUGCACCACAAGAGAUCAACCACGCUUCACCCUCCAGAACACCUACUCUCUAGCCUGCGGACCCGCGGCGACGACUUUCUAUGUGGAAUCCCCACCGUUGCAGGCUGCGCGGUCGAUAGCCGAGGCGUUGUCACCUUUGUCGCGGUCCAUUAUGUCUAUGAUACAACCAAACCGUACUCGGCGUACAUCACCGCCCUCCGUUAUGACCCUGCGGAGGUUGCAGACCCAGCUUUGAGUCAGGGCACCGGAUUGGAUGUUUAUUCUCUCAAGAACUACGACGCAACACUCAGUUCACUGGCAGUUCUCAAGAACACUUCCAAACCCAGUUCAACAUUCGCACCCAGUACCACCUUCUCCACAACGCUCAAAAAGCUUGACUCUAUGGUCGCCAUCGGAACCGCCAACGCCACAACAACCACCAGUACCUCACCGCCACUCCUGUUAAUUCAGAAAUCUGAAUCCUAUGUCAAGACCAACCUCCAGUUCUCGAUGAUCCUAACCCCUGGAGCAACGGUUGCAGAAAUUGAGGGUGGAGCUAAUGCGUCUAUUUCACAACGAUUCGGAACCGACCCUUCCUCAACUAACACAGGAUCCUACCCACGCCCGACGGGUGGAACUGGUGGUGGCAGUGGAAGUAGUGGUGGCGGUGAUGGCGGGAGCACUGGUGGUUGUUGCGGGCAAGUUGCCGGUUACGAUCAUUAUCAUCAUUGUCGUGGCAGUGUUGAUAGUAGGAGGCGGUAUCCUGCUUUGUUCUUUGGAUGUAUUGCGGCAUGCUGCUUGGGAUUCAAGGAGUCCAUUACAGGAAAGAAACCAGAAGACAGAGCAGGAGAGGCAGCUGUAGUGGGGGCUCAACCAGACUGGACUCAAAGUCAUAAGGCGGAGGCCAGCGUUGUCACUGCUGGUGCUGGUGCGUAUCCCGUCAUGACCGGGUACCAGUCAGAUGGGAGUGCUACCGCCAUUUCUUCACCACCGCAGCCGCAGGAUAAUGGAUCAGGGUAUCUUUUCACAGGAGCAACUUCCAACGCGGUUCCUCUGACACCACCAGUGACUGGCAGUUCUCCCUCCCUCACUAUCCCUCAGCACUCACGUCCCGGUGUCUAG